GGUAUCCUCUUUCUAAUCUGUGGAUGGUGGUUUACGGAGAUUUAGGUUAAGUACCUGCCGUUGGAUUCUUCAACUUCAACAGAUUGUAUAUUAUUGCUUACCUCUGCAAAAAUUUUUAUUCUACAAACGCAUAUAUUUAUUUAUAUUUCACAGUUGUUUGAUUUGAAAUUCAUUUGUAAGUUUAAUACGAUAUUUAUAUGAAUAAUGCCACCAAAAAAACAGAAGCAGACUCCAAGAAAUGGAUUUUUCUAUUUUAUGUUGGAGUUUAAAGAAAGGCAGGGACGGAAUUACAGAAGUAUGAGAGAAGUUGCCGAUGCAGCUGGCCCACACUGGAGUAAAAUGUCUAAAGAGCAAAGAAAACCAUAUGAUGAGAGAGCUCUUUAUGAAAAAAACAAUCUUAAACCAGGAAAAUAUACAUCAGAUGGAUUGGAUAUUGAAGAAGUAAACCAAAUGGAACGUCAAGCAAAAGAAAAGAAUGAAGAGAUGAAGAACAAAAUUACUGAAGAAAUAAAAUUGUCUGCCAAAAAUGGAAGAAUCCAAGAUAAAAUGUUUUUCUUAAUUCAUAUCAAUAGUUUUUGCUACUGUGCAUCGGAAAAGAGGUAUUAUCCUGCUGAGAUUGGUAUUGCGGCAUUUAAUUUGGUCGAUGGAGUUCUGCCGGAAAAUGUCUUUCAUAGUCUAAUAAAACCCGGUUUGUUACCUUUGGGUUAUGCGAGUGAAGCUCUGUCUCUGUCCAACGAGACUCAUCAGAUAGCUCCACCUAUGGCAGAUGAAGUUGAUAAUAACGUCGAAGAUGUAUUUUUUACUAUGAAACUAUUUUUACAGGGCAAGAUGCAAGGCUCUAGAAGAAUGCCCGUGUUGUACUGUCAUGAGAGGUAUAUGAAGAUGGUUCAGGAAAUUCUUGACACCUGGUGCGAUGAUUAUCAGGAACAGGUUUUCUUUGAUGUUUACGAUUUGCAGUAUAUGUUCCGUGUAUUAAAGAAUACGGUAGCUGGAGAUAAUGUUUGGAACAGCGAUACGUUUGGAAAUCGGGAGAUAGAGAAGGAUGUCUACGCUUACGCAAAAGGCAUAUCUUGUGAGUAUCACGAUCAAACCAAUGUUCCAAUUUACUGCAGUCGUUCUAUAGCAGUAAGAUAUGCGUAUACAAUAUGUGACAAUUGCUGUCCCGACUUGCACAUACCAUUUAUCCCGGGUUGCCACGUUCCUCAUACAGCAUCAGUAGCUUCGUCAAGGCCAUCUAGUGCAGCUAGCGGAAGAUCUUCCAGAUCCUCUAGGUCAAGGGAUUACACUUCUACUAUUCGAGACGAUGACAGUGAAAGUGUCAUUUCCGUGUCAAGCAAAUCCGAAUGGGAUAAUCAGUCUGUUUCUUCGGAAGUUUCUACUAUAAACGAUGAGGAUGAUUUUCCCUCGUUGGGAGGCAGAGGUAAAAAGAACAAUAUGUCUUCAGGUGGGCCUUGGCGUUUUACUCCAAAUGAUUCAUCCAGUGUCUACAGCCAGUCGAGCACCAAAAGUUAUGCAGGAGCUACAGGAACAGCUGGUUUGAGUAGAAGGCCAUCGGAUAUGCCUUCGAGUGUUAUGGACAGAAUGGACAAAUUAUCGAUUAGUACUCCGUCUACAAAUGCGUCUUUUUCAGUUGGUCAAGGGGGAGUGGCAAGAGAUUUUGAUAAAGGUGAUGAUUUCCCUGCCUUGGGGCGAGCUAGAACUAUUGGAGCCAGAGGUCGUGGAGUAAGACGUCCUAAUUGGUAGUGGUUUUAUGAGCUUUUUUUAUUUGCAUUACUUGUCUUACCUUUUGUAUAAUAAAGGAGAUAUAUUUCA